AUGACCGCUCAAACUCCAGGCUUUGGUCAGCGUCAGUAUUGGGAAGAUCGAUAUACGAAGAAUCCUAAAGCUUAUGACUGGCUCAAUGGACCGGGCAUUCUCGACAAAGCCCUCGAUAGCGCUCUUGCGAGUGCCCAAGGCAGUGCUCCGCGUAUUCUACACAUAGGCUGCGGGAACUCAGAAUUGUCUUUCAAUUUGCGGUUCAAGGUCCGAGAUCCGAACCAGGUCCACAAUGUUGAUUUCUCCUCCGUGGUUAUCGACUGGGGCAGAGAACGAGAGAAAUCAAUGUUUGAUAGUCGAUGGGAAGACGAAUCGGGCGGAUCCUCCUCCGCCGCUGCAGCGUCAGAGCCCAAGAUGCCGAUGAUGAAAUGGGACGAGGUCGAUCUCCUUUCGUUGCAAUCCGUCAUCUCGAACUGCAUGUUAGGAGGCUACUCCGUUAUCAUCGAUAAGUCUACGUGUGAUGCGAUUGCUUGCGCUGCGACUGCAGAAAUCUCUAUACCGUACUUUUUGUACACAGACAGGGACGGUGCCGAGACACGGAUUGACAUUGCGGAUUCGUACACUGGCACCGUCAACGCAGUGCAGCUGUUGGCUGUUCACCUCGCUCUUGUCGCCGCCCCAAAGGCUCGAUGGAUAGCCUACUCGUAUUCAAGUACGCGCUUCUGGUUCCUGGACCCCGAUUUUGAGCAGACAGCUGAAGAUGAGGAGAGCCUCUUUCCUUUGCAUCCAGGCUUACCGAAACCGAAGGAUCUGUGGGUCAUUAUUGAGCGUCAGGAGAUUGCAAAGCCGUAUGGGACGAGCAGCGCUGAUGAUGCACAUUAUCUGUACGUUCUGGAAAGAACCUCUGUUGCUCUGAAAGCAAGAAGCCUGGCUCGUACCGAGGCCGAGGAAGAUUGA